GUCCUCCAUCUUUGUCUCCUCUGUAAACUCCCUCUGAAUGUUAAUGUGCUCAGAAGACUGCCUCUGGCUCAGUUGUCAAGGCAACGAUUGAUGAGGAGGAUGGCCGCCAUCUCCAUCAUGACACACAAUGGCUUUAUUCCUGUACAUUGUUGCUGCUGUGUCACCACGUUACUCACUGAACCUUGUCAGAAGUUACCAGCAUCUAUUACUGGUGAAGAAGAUGAUGAUGAUGAUGAUGAAGAUGAGGAUGAUGAUGAUGAAGAUGAGUAUGAUGAUGGUGGUGAAGAAGAAGAUGAAGAUGAUGAAGAUGACGAUAUAAUGGUGAUGAUGGUGAUGAUGAUGAUGGUGAAGAAGAAGAUCAAGAUGAGGAUGAUGAUGGUGAUGAUGAUGAUGAUCGUGAAGAAGAAGAUGAAGAUGAGGAUGAUGAUGGUGAUGAUGAUGAUGGUCGUGAAGAAGAAGAUGAAGAUGAGGAUGAUGAUGGUGAUGAUGAUGAUGGUCGUGAAGAGGAAGAUGAAGCUGAUGAAGAUGAGGAUGAUGAUGGUGAUAUGAUGAUGGUCGUGAAGAAGAAGAUGAGGAUGAUGAUGGUGAUGAUGAUGGUUGUGAAGAAGAAGAUGAAGCUGAUGAAGAUGAGGAUGAUGAUGGUGAUGAUGAUGAUGGUCGUGAAGAAGAAGAUGAAGAUGAUGAUGAUGGUGAUGAUGAUGAUGAUGAUGAAGAUGAUGAUGAUGGUAAUGAUGAUGACGAAAAUGAUGAUGAUGUGGUGAUGAUGAUGAUGAUGAAGAUGAAGAUGAUGAUGAUAAUGAUGAUGAACAUGAUGAUGGUGAUGAUGAUGAUGAUGAUGAAGAUGAUGAUGAUGGUGAUGAUGAUGAUGAUGAUGAUGACGUGGUGAUGAUGGUGAUGUGGUGAUGAUGAUGAUGAUGAUGAUGGUGACCUGAUGAUGAUGAAGAUGAUGAUGAUGAUGAUGUGGUGAUGAUGGUGAUGUGGUUAUGAUGGUGAUGUGGUGAUGGUGACCUGAUGAUGAUGAAGAUGAUGAUGAUGGUGAUGAUGAAGAAGAUGAUGAUGAUGAUGUGAUGUGAUGAUGAAGAUGAUGAUGAUGAUGUGGUGAUGGUGAUGGUGGUGAUGAUGAUGAUGAAGAUGAUGAUGGUGACCUGAUGGUGAUGAUGAUGGUGAUGGUGAUGGUGAAGAUGAUGAUGAUGUGGUGAUGAUGGUGAUGUGGUGAUUGUGAUGGUGAUGUGCAGGUCAGUUGUCCUCAGCCUCCACCAGAGCCUCAGGCUGGAGGCUCAGCAGGGUUAAUCCCAAACUCUUCCCUCUGCGCCGAAGCUCCAGCUGUUCCUGAUGCCCUCACGUGAGGCAUCAGCUUACAGAGCCAAACUCUGUCCAGAACUGCUCUUCUAAUCUCAAGACUGUGCCGGGCCCUCCAGUGGGACCGCCUGGACUUAAUAACCCGCUGACCCUUUUAGACAAAUCCUCCCUCAGACCUUGAUGCUGAUGGUUACGCCAGCCCGGGCCCUGAGCUACUGACCCUCGCCGCCACGCCAACACACACACACACACACACACACACACACACACACACACACACACACACACGCACACGCACGCACACUCACUUGGUUGAAAAGGGCAAAUGGGCAUCCUGGGACAAAAUCAGAAGCACAGUCCGAUCUGGUUUUAAUACCGCUGUUUCACGUUCACGCUACACUGUUGUGCUGCUGAUCACCGGCGUGAGCCCCGACAGCAGUUGCUAACGUGACCAACACAUCACAUCCUCUGAUCCUCAUGUGAGAACUAACAAUCCUAACCACCAGAGUCAAGUUACCCUGGUCACUGAGAGUGGAGCCCCACUGCACCCCCUGCUGGCUGGAGUGAUGGUGCUGCUGUGUGUGGAGGAUGUUAAACUUGACACUUGCUUUGUUUUUUGUUCACCUUGCUCUGUGGGAUUCAGUGGGGUCAGCCUUUGACCUUUGACCUUCACCACUCACUCAACAAUGUGGAGAAGCGAGUCUGAAGCCAGAGGGGUUGAGUGCUCUGGUCUUGAUGUGGACCUUGUGUGUUGGGUUUGGGUCAGGGUCCAUUGACUUUGCAGGUGAUCAAACACUGAUCCCGCCCCUUCCUCUGCUCUCU